AUGGAACGAACUAUUGGGAACUAUGAGCGACGCAUCCGGCUUCCAGCUGAUCCCUAUGGAAAUCUUAAUCAGGAAAUCAUUGAACAAGCGACAACAAAUGCCCUUCUUGCCAUGGAUCCAUCCUUUCGCCCUCCCCCCAAAACGCAAAAUCAGAGAUUAUCUAUCGAUAUCGGUUCAGGUUAUGUAUCCCUCCAUCCACGUGGUACCCAUCUCAUGGAUGUAUCAGUUACAGUCGCGUUCCGAGAAUUCUGUGAAGCAAACAACUGGACAUUUGAGCGUCAAACUGACACUGACUCACUACAGGUGACACGGUUUGCACGUUUGCGCCUUCCAAAUGGGCAAGAGGCUCGGUCUCUCUGGAAGGAAGCAAAUCGAGAGACUGAUUUGGUGCGACGGGCCCGGAACGUAAAGCCCCUUUUGACAGACUUACGGUACGCCGAAGUCCUGUACUACUUUACAGCUAUGCAAGGGAAUACACAAUUCACCCUUGCGGCUGUAAUGUUCUACUCAAAUCCAGAUCCGGAUAUUCAGGAGGAGUCUCUUGGGAUGUUGAACGUGUGCACAAAAGAAGAGGAUGUACAGAUCAUUGACGCUAAAUGGAUUGUGGAGGUUGUUGGGAUGAUUCCUUUCCGGCGUCCGGAGAUUCCGUGGAAUGACGAAGAGGAUACAAGUGAAUAUUUUGUGCUUGAAAAGCUGUAUUCUAAUGUGGUUCGUCAUGAUACCGAGGACGAGCAAGAUAGCGAGAAUGAAUAG